GAGUCAUUGAACGCCCGAGUAGCUUGAGGCGCUUUGUGUCUUAUCCUUUUUUUGUGGUUUUGCGCCUCGAGGGUCCUUGAAGCCUUCAGACCUAAGUGCAAAUAUUUGGUUACCAAUGACGUCGCCGUUAUCGGAAGAGAAAGAAGACGAUUGAGGUACUGGUAUUCGAUCCGUGCUAUUGCAAACGUUCUCCAUGACUGCAUCUCGUUCCUUAAAUCCAGUCUUAUUCACUAUCAAUUCUGAUAAUACAGUCGUAACAAUCAUGGUAUUAUGCAGCAUCCACUGUUGGACACAUCCAUGUAAGACUAACAGAUGCCGUCAAGGAUUCCUGAUCCAACUAAGCAGUCGAGGAGGUUUAAAUGAUUCGAAUCAUAAUUGACCGUCAUUUCACCUUAGUCACUGAAUAGGUGUACGAAAGCGCAAAGCACCUUGAGGCUAAGGGGAUGAAGUAGCUGUGCUUUUUCACCCAGUCAAAAACUUCUAUGGUACAUAUAUCCCUAUACCACUCCCAGGUACAUGAGCUUCAGGCGCCUCGAGGCUCGACGAUGCGCAUAAGAUGAAGAAGAAUUUCUUCCGGUACUUGUGGACUUUAAGAAAGGACGUCUCAGCAACCAACUAGGCGACGCUUGAGUUGCUGAGUGCUCCCGGAAGGCGUGGAAUGAUAUGUGCUUGAGAACGAUGCUACUCGGGAUUCGAUCUGCAGUGCCUCAGUCGUUACGAGCUCAAGUGGAAGCGGUUCACCCUACAUGAACCGCUCUCCGCGCCUUACGGAGCCACGUGUAUAGCAAGUCUUGCCGGAGAACGCCACUCGCGUGGGCGUAGGAGACGCUGAGUUUCGGAGAUCCACAAACGAUCGGACAGUGUAAUCGGAGAAGCGAGGGAAGUGUUCUCAUCCUCAUCCGGAACGCGAGGAAUAGUAUGAAACUAUGCAAAAAGAUUCUUUCUAUCUCUCCAAGUCGCGCCCAACACGAUUGAAUACAAGGAAAUCUUUCCAAGGCUGACUUUUGCGAUUGCUCAUCACCGCUAGAUUCGAUCAACUCUCAUUUUAGGUGCCUGACAAAAUGGGUAGCGAGCUGAAACAACUCUGACGCCGGAAUCGCCGGGGGGUCCCAGUGCUCCUCCUCAAGGCUCUUGAGAUGUAUGUGGACCUUGAGCUCCUAAGCCUCGCCUGUGCUUUCACACCAAAAUGGCUGUCUGUAAAAUCGAACCCACAGAUAUGCUGGCGACGCUCGCGCGUUGUCCCCAAAAGCCUCACACGAAGUUCACUCUCAAGAUGUCGGUCAAUAUGAAUCCAUACACUGCAGGUGGCUGGUCCAGAGCUGGUAAUAGCGGCUCUCAAAACCCUUGGGGUGAUAUCGACGCACCUCCGUCCGUAUUCGGUGCCUUGCCAUCUCUGCCCAUGACCUCUAUCCCGCGGUCUAUGCAUCCCGACAGUCUCACCUAUCAAUUCACGUCUUUCCAUACUACCAUCCUGAACUGCACCGUCAUGGGUCCGCAGAAUCAGAUCGCCUACCGUGUCGUCACUGAGUCCACCACGCCGUCUUGCACGAUCUGGAAAGACAACGAAAGUCGUAAUGUCGCGAUGGUGCAAUGGCAGCCGACCGCCAUGCUUGAAAUACGAGGUGUCACUCCUAGGCAACGCGUUAAAGAGUGGUUGCGUCUUUCCUCUGACCGAACUCGCAGGUUGAUGGAAGUCAGAGGUAUCGAGUACGCGUGGGCUCCGAUGGACGGUUUCAUCUGCUUGUACAAGGUCAGCUCUUCCGCUCCGCGUGUCCUUGCUCGUAUCGCCAGAGCCCCGGCCAUGGUCAUUCUAGAAGUCACCGCCGAUGCCGUCUCGGGCGGCCUGCUGGAGCCGUGUCUCGUUGCGACUGUUAUGUUCGUUUGCGGACACAACAUCGACUAAUUUUCUACCUUUACACCCCCAUAAUGUUCCCGAUAUCAUCGCUCGUCUCCAUCACUGUAUUACUACUGUUGUUUUCUGCUAUCUUUCUCUCCGUUGCUGUAUAUCGCCAACCGUGUAGCUGUACAUCUUGAUCACCCGUCUGUUUCCCUAGCCGCGCCUCUCCUCUGGAUGCGCUUCCCGCUGUAUUGCUUAACUUAUAUUUAUCGCCCUACCCUGUAGAUUGUAGACUUUCCCAUUAGAAGUGGAGCUUACCCCGUUAUGAAAUAUGUAUUUAGGCCUACCCACUGAGCCUCAACAUCUCAAAAAGCCUGUUAUAAAAACUAACAGGCUCA